AUGGAACGUAGGAAAAGGAAGGUUAAUAUUAAAAAUAUUUCUUAUUCUAAGAGCCCGAUCCAGAGGAAAGAUGAUACGUAUGAUAAGAUCAUCGAGGAGAACAAAAGACUGUGGAAGCAGGUCUCUGAUUUGAAGAAGACAAUGCAAAAUUUAGAGACUAAAAAUAAGCGCAAGGCAAGGUACAAAAGUUCCCCAUUUAUGGAAGAGGAGGAGAUAAAGUUGGAGGAGAGGCUGAAGGAGCUAGAGGAAAUCCAGAACAAUCCUAACUAUGACCCUAGAGCUAAUAGCAAUCUUAUUGAUGUCACACAGAAUUUUUAAUGAAAAGAAAGGCACAGGCCUAGGCGAGGUCAUAGAGAAAACUAUUUCAGCAUCUUUACAAACUACAUCUAGUAAAGAUAUUGAGAUAGAGUUGUUGAGGCAGCAAGUAAAUAGCUUGAGAGGCGAGUUGAAGAAGGCCAAAUUUCGAAUCAAAGAGCUAGAGAACCAGGUGAACAAUGAAGAUGAAAUCAAUAAAAUACUUAAUUCAGACUUUGUAGCCAGUGAGCACAACACAAUGUCAUUCUAUGGUAUCCAAUCACGAGAUGUAAAGAGCCCUGCUGUGGCUAGGAAUGUGACUUACAUGAAAGGUCCUCAACAUCCUUUGGACAUCGGAGAUCAUCCAGACAAAAUGCAAGAGAAUUUGAAAUACUAUCAGCAUAAGAACUACUCGUUGCAGAAGAAUUACAAGAUGCUGAAGGAUAAGUACCAGAAGAUAAACAAGCGCUCGAAGGAGCUCUACACAUUGAAUGAGAAAUUAAUUGGAGCCCUAAAAGCUCAAAAGGAUUUUGAGAAAAUUUCCAGAGACAAAAAGCAUAUCACUUGUAAAAAUUGAGGUGAGAAGAUCAGCGUGGUAGUCUCAAACCUAUCCUCGUCAAUGGAUAGAAUCAAUAUUAAAGCUGAGAAUGCUUCAUUUUUGUUCUGAUCUAAUGGUUUCGGCCAUUAUUCUCCAACUGUGGGAGUCAGUCCUAGGUUUAAUAACAAUCAAGAGGAGUUUAUAUACUCACCAAAGGAGAAGAACAAGCCCAAAAUGAGCAAGGAUACGAUCGAAUUCAGAACUAAGGUUGUCAAUAAUGACGGGAAAUAUGUGAAAAGGCCUAAGAAGAAGAGAGUAGGUGAUGAUCAGAGCCGGAUCCCUGAAAAUCAGAAGAGAAAUAACUAAUUUAAAUAUAAUA